GACGUCUUUAUCCCGCGACAGGUCAUGGCGGCCCCCAGGCGCCGCUAGGCCUCGGGAUGUUGGAGGGUCUGAGCCGGGGCUCCGAGCCGCCCGGCCUGCUCCUGAUCGCAGACAGCUUUGAGUGCGAGGGUAGGAGUUUGCUGAAGAGUUUUGUCACCAGCGCAGUUUUGCGGGGUGAAUGCGUCCACGUGUUUACCUUUGAGCUCUCGAUCGUGGAGUUCAGCGUUGGACUAGACGAUGGAGUCAGGACAAGGCUGCAGUUUCACGAUGGGUUCAGUGACCCCCUGGACUGGGAGCAGAUGGGGGCGCUCCCCAUCAGGACCCUGAGUGGGCAGGAGCUGGUUGGCCGUGUCAGGGGGGUCGGGCCAGGCCCCUCCCAGCAGCCCCUCACUGUGGUGCUGGACUCGCUCAGCUCCCUGUUACAGCACAGGCCCAGCAGCCACCUCGCUCGGGAGCUCCAGGGAUUCCAGCAACGAGCGGCCACAGCAGGGCUGACAGUCAGGAGGCUGCUGGCAUUACUGCACACUGACCUCCACCCACCAGAGGUACUCCAGGCCCUGGGGGUGCAACUGGGCGCUACCGUCAUCACUGUGACUCCUUCCCCAGAGGGCAGCCGGCUGCCAGGGAGCUCCCUCCCCUCCAACGUGGCCAGCAUCGUGCAGAAACGGAAAUCCGGAAAGGUCGUGCGGCAGGAGGAAAACUUCACCAUCGAGACAGGAUUCCGCCUGAUAUCCUCAGUGGAGCCCCCGCUGGGGAAGCAGGGUGUGGCUAGGAGUGACAGUGUCUCGGUACGGCCUGACCCUGCGGCACACUUGCCGUUUAACCUGCGGCUGACAGAGCAGGAACGUGAGGCACGGGAGCAGGUGCCUCUGCCCUACCACUUCAGCACCGAGAAAAAGAUGUCGCUGUUAGAUGGAGGAUCCGGAGAUGGGAGGAUUUAUUACCAGCCAGAUGAAUCCGAUGAUGUGGAUGAGGAGGAUCCUGACGAUGAUCUGGAUUUCUAGCAGAGGGGCCGCACGAGCAGGAGGUGUCAGACCCACCCACACUGCCGUGUCCCCAGGACUCUCGCUGGGAUACAGUCUCUCACUCUCACACACACACACACACACACACACACACACACACACACACACACACACACACACACACCCACCCACUGACUCCCACUGGGGUACAGUCUCUCACACACACACUGGCUCUCACUGGGGAACAGUACCACACACACAUACUGGCUCUCACUGGGGAACAGUCCCGCCCCCCCCCCCCCAACAUACACACACACACACACACACACACACACACACACACACUCUCUGACUCUCACUGGGGUACAGUCUCUCUCACACACACUGACACUCACUGGGGUACAGUCCCACACACACACACUCUGACACUCACUGGGGUACACACACACACACACACACACACACACACACACACACACACACUGACACUCACUGGGGUACAGUCCCACACACACACUGACACUCACUGGGGUACACUCUCUCUCACACACACACACACACACACACACACACACUCUGACUCUCACUGGGGUACAGUCUCUCUCACACACACUGACUCUCACUGGGGUACAGUCUCUCUCACACACACUGACUCUCACUGGGGUACAGACACACACACACUCACACACUGGGGUACAGUCCCACACACACACACACACACACACACACACACACACACACACACACACACUGACCCUCACUGGGGUACAGUCACACACACACACACACACACACACACACACACACUGACCCUCACUGGGGUACAGUCACACACACACACACACACACACUGACCCUCACUGGGGUACAAUCCCACACACACACACACACACACACACACACACACACUGGGGUACAGUCCCACACACACUGGGGUACAGACACACACACACACACACACACACACACACUGACCCUCACUGGGGUACAGUCACACACACACACACACACACACACACACACACACACACACACACACACACACACACAGGCUCUCACUGGGGUACAGUCCCACACACACACUGACCCUCACUGGGGUACAGUCCCACACCUGGUUUGCUGCUUUCCCCGAUGAGCUGCACCAUGCCCCCUGUUGGUGAAGGUGCACUCUGUCACGGAGUUAUCUGCUCACAGCCGCCAUUGUGUUGCCCGUGACGUUUGUCCCCCUCCCUGUGGCUAAAGGCUUUGCCUUGUGCCAAUCGGCAGGACUCUGGAUCUGGAGCCCUCUGCCUAUGAGCAAGACCACUUCAUUGUCUUGUCCCACGUGGUAGGGAGUGGGCGGCACGGUGGCACAGUGGUUAGCACUGCUGCCUCACAGCGCCUGAGACCUGGGUUCAAUUCCCGCCUCAGGCGACUGACUGUGUGGAGUUUGCACGUUCUCCCCGUGUCUGCGUGGGUUUCCUCCGGGUGCUCCGGUUUCCUCCCACAGUCCAAAGAUGUGCGGGUCAGGUGAAUUGGCCAUGGGAAAUUGCCCGUAGAGUUAGGUAAGGGGUAAAUGUAGGGGUAUGGGUGGGUUGCGCUUCGGCGGGUCGGUGUGGACUUGUUGGGCCGAAGGGCCUGUUUCCACACUGUAAGUAAUCUAAUCUAAUCAUGAUACCCAUUGAAGUCUGAAGGUCACCAGCUGCCAGUGAGACUGUACCAGCUGGGCACUGAACCGGGCACACCGCUGUGUGGUAACUCACUGGGGGGGGGGCGUGCCAGGAACACCGGGAGCAGCAUCAGCACCUCGCGCCCUGUGUUCUGUCGGGGAUUGCUGGCCUCUGCCUCAGUAAAGUUUGCGGGAUCGGACUUUGCCGUUUGAGCGUGUGGGUUUGAUUUUGCCACGUUCACCGUUUCCUCGGCUUGGCCGUCCGAGGGUGGGAGGGGCAGGCUUGAAGGACGAAAGAGCAGAGCCCCACUCGCUGUUGCUCCCUACGCAGUUUGCGGGCGGAUCUGAUGGGACUGUGCUGCCCCCUGUUGUCAAAUAGUCUGUGAUUGAUCAACAUGGAGGGGUUGGGGGGGGCCACACAACUAGGGGCCAAGCUGGGGAUCACAACCUGUGGUUUUUCUCCCUGUUCCGUUUUGUAUUCCCCACCUCUCCUCCCUCCCACUCCCUGCCUGAGGAGACCUUCAGAGUGCAGUUACAUAGUUCCUUGAAGGUGGAGACUGGUCUUAUUGGUCAGUGCGCUGAGUACAGGAGUUGGGAGGUCAUGUUGUGGCUGUACAGGACAUUGGUUAGGCCACUGUUGGAAUAUUGUGUUCAAUUCUGGUCUCCCUGCUAUAGGAAAGAUGUUGUGAAACUUGAAAGGGUUCAGAAAAGGAUGUUGCCAUGGUUGGAGGGUUUGAGCUACAGGGAGAGGCUGAACAGGCUGGGGCUGUUUUCCCUGGAGCAUCAGAGGCUGAGGGGUGACCUUAUAGAGGUUUGUAAAAUUAGGAGGGGCAUGGAGAGGGUAAAUAGGCCAAGUCUAUUUGGGGGAGGGAGUGGGGGAGUCCAGAACUAGAAGGCAUAGGUUUAGGGUGAGAGGGGAAAGAUUUAAGGGGUAACUUUUUCCACACACACAGGGUGGUACGUGUAGGGAAUGAGCUGCCAGAGGAAGUGGUGGAGGCUGGUACAAUCAUAGCAUUUAGAAUAUAGAACAAUCCAGCGCAGAACAGGCCCUUCGGCCCUCGAUAUUGCUCUGACCUGUGAACGUCCCCCUACACUAUCCCAAAAUCAUCCAUGUGCUUAUCUAAGGAUUGUUUAAAUCUCCCUAAUGUGGCUGAGUUAACUACAUUGGCAGUUCGGGAAUUCCACACCCCCCCACUCUCUGAGUAAAGAACCUGUCUCUGACAUCUGUCUUAAAUCUAUCACCCCACAAUUUGUAGCUAUGCCCCUUGUACACGCUGACAUCAUCAUCCUAGUGAAAAGACUCUCCCUGUCUCCCCUAUCUAACCCUCUGAUCAUCUUGUAUGUCUCUAUCAAAUCCCCUCUUAGCCUUCUUCUCUCCAAUGAGAACAGACCCAAGUGUCUCAGCCUUUCCUCAUAAACCCUUCCCUCCAGACCAGGCAACAUCCGGGUAAAUCUCCUCUGCACCUUUUCCAAUGUUUCCACAUCCUUCCUGAAAUAUGGCGACCAGAACUGUACACAACAUUUAAAUACAUCUGGAUGGAUAUAUGAAUAGGAAGGGUUUAGAGGGAUAUGGCUGCAAAUGUGUUGCUGGUUAAAGCAACCCCUCCCCUUCCUAGACCUUUCCAUUUCUAUCUCGGGCGACCGACUCAACACAGACAUCUACCAUUUUUUACCUUUAGAGGGAUAUGGACCAAGUGCUGGCAGAUGGGAGUAGGUUAAUUUCGGAUAUCUAGAUGGUGUGGACGGGUUGGAUCAAAGGGCCUGUUUUCGUACUAUACAGCCCGAGGAAGGGAGCGUUCUGUCUCUCAUGUCCUUGUAAAUGAAUAUUGUUAUUUAAAUAGUUAUUAAUGAGUCGUUAUGUUUUAAUAUUCAUUACCAUCAAGAAAUAAUCAUUUGUUAAUUUUCACUGUCCGGACAGAGAUUUUCAGUAACUCUGCGCAGGGAUGUUAGUGGGUGGGCACAAUAGUCGUUUUGUUCUCCGUUAUUUCCGUAUUAUUGAUUUAGUUGUAAAUACUCUGUAUUGGCUAAUAUUUUCAUUACAAAUAAUCCAUCAUUAAUAGAGUUUUUUUUAAAGAUAUUUUUAUUAGAAAUUUAAUAUUUUGACAGAUUUACAAAAAUAAACAGAACUUUCAAGCACAAA